CGUCCUACCCUCCUGCCCCGGGACUCCAACCCGGAACUAGCCUCUGUUCCUUUGGGAAGGCGCCGAGUCUGGCUGGGAGUGUGGGCCCCUGAGGAGAGGUACCGGCCGAGGAACGACCCCUUCGUCCGCAGGGGUCCCAGACCCGGUGCGCCCUCAGCGGGAGGUCGGACCGUCUGGAAAGAACGGACGCCUACGCCCCGGCCAGACCAUGGCGCCCCCGCGGAACGUGGUGAAGAUUGCUGUCCAGAUGCGUGACGCCAUCCCGCAGCUCAUCCAGCUGGACCAGGCGAAGCCCCUGGCCACAGUGCUGAAGGAGGUGUGCGACGCGUGGAGCCUGACUCACUCUGAGCGCUAUGCCCUGCAGUUUGCCGAUGGGCACAGGAGGUACAUCACCGAGAACAACCGCACGGAGAUCAAGAAUGGCAGCAUCCUGUGCCUGAGCACAGCCCCAGACCUGGAGGCUGAGCAGCUGCUGGGUAGGCUGCAGAGAGGGAGCCGGGAUGGGCGCCGGGAAGCCCUGAAGCACCUCGUCCCGCUGGCCUCAGACUUGACCUUUGCCCGUGAGGUCAUCAGUCGAGAUGGGCUUCAGAGACUAGGCACCAUCAUUGAGGAUGGGGACGACCUAGGGGAGGUGCUGGCCCUUGGGCUGAGGGCCUUCUUGGAGCUCAUGGAGCAUGGCGUGGUGUCCUGGGAGACACUCAGCAUCCCCUUCGUCAGGAAGGUGGUGUGCUACGUGAACAUGAACCUGAUGGAUGCCUCUGUGCAGCCCCUAGCCCUUCGGCUUCUGGAGAGCGUGACCUUGAGCAGCCCUGCCCUGGGCCAGCUGGUCAAGAAUGAGGUGCCACUGGAUAGGCUGCUGGUUCACCUACAGGUGAUGAACCAGCAGCUGCAAACCAAAGCCAUGGCCCUGCUGCUGAACGGAAGCAGUCCACGCUGGGCCCAACACAUGCUUGACUACCUGUGGCAGAGGAACCUUCGCCAGUUCAUCUAUAAGAAUAUCAUCCACAGUGCAGCACCGCUGGGGGACGAGAUGGCUCACCACCUGUACGUGCUGCAGGCCCUGACACUGGGGCUGCUGGAGCCGCGCAUGCGGACACCACUGGACCCCUAUAGCCAGGAGCAGCGGGAGCAGCUGCAGGUCCUGCGCCAGGCUGCCUUUGAGUCAGAGGGGGAGGCCUCUGGUGCCGGGCUGAGCGCUGACCGUCGCCGUUCCCUCUGUGCCCGAGAGUUCCGCAAACUGGGUUUCUCCAACAGCAACCCAGCACAGGACCUGGAGCGUGUGCCCCCCGGCCUGCUGGCCCUGGACAACAUGCUUUACUUCUCCAGACACGCACCCAGCGCGUACAGCCGGUUUGUGUUAGAGAACAGCAGUCGUGAGGACAAGCACGAGUGCCCCUUUGCCCGGAGCAGCAUCCAGCUGACAGUGCUACUGUGUGAGCUGCUGCGUGUUGGGGAGCCCUGCUCCGAAACGGCCCAGGACUUCUCACCCAUGUUUUUCGGCCAAGACCAGAGCUUCCAUGAGCUCUUCUGCGUGGGCAUCCAGCUGCUCAAUAAGACCUGGAAGGAGAUGCGGGCCACACAGGAGGACUUCGACAAGGUCAUGCAGGUGGUGCGGGAGCAGCUGGCCCGCACGCUGGCCCUGAAGCCCACCUCCCUGGAACUCUUCCGGACCAAGGUGAACGCGCUCACCUAUGGGGAGGUGCUGCGGCUGCGGCAGACUGAGCGGCUGCACCAGGAGGGCACGCUGGCUCCUCCCAUUCUGGAGCUGCGGGAGAAGCUGAAGCCCGAGCUCAUGGGCCUGAUCCGCCAGCAGCGUUUGCUCCGGCUCUGCGAGGGGACACUCUUCCGCAAGAUCAGCAGCCGGCGGCGCCAAGACAAGCUGUGGUUCUGCUGUUUGUCCCCCAACCACAAGGUGCUGCAGUACGGGGAUGUGGAGGAGGGCGCUGUACCCCCCAGCCCAGAGAGCCUGCCGGAGCAGCUCCCUGUGGCCGACAUCAGGGCACUUCUGACAGGCAAGGACUGUCCCCACGUCCGGGAGAAGGGAUCCGGGAAGCAGAACAAGGACCUCUAUGAGUUGGCUUUCUCAGUCAGCUAUGACCAUGGGGAGGAGGAGGCGUACCUCAACUUCAUUGCUCCCUCCAAGAGGGAGUUCUACCUGUGGACGGAUGGGCUGAGUGCCCUGCUGGGCAGUCCUAUGGGCAGCGAGGAGACACGGCUGGACCUGGAGCAGCUACUGACCAUGGAGACCAAGCUACGGUUGUUGGAGCUGGAGAAUGUGCCCAUCCCCGAGCGGCCGCCCCCUGUACCCCCGCCGCCCACCAACUUCAACUUCUGCUAUGACUGCAGCAUCGCUGACCCCUAACAGUGAGCUUGGCCAAGGGCCACCAGGGCAGCAUCAGGGUGCAGGGUAGAGAGGUGCAGACACCCUAACCUGCAGAGGGUGCCCCAGGAAAUAAAGAUUGCUUGGCUCUUGG